UAGGUUAUUUACGGAAGAAAUGCAAGCUUAAAGUAUUGCAUCCGCAAAGUAAACUCGUUUAAACGAAACGUAGGACACGUUUCGCGAUACUUUUAUUUGGUCAUCAUUAUACAUCAACGGAUCUCAUUAAUCGACACAUAGAAUUCUAAUUGAUAAUUGACUGAUUUCAAUGCUGGGUGUUGAUUAUAUCCCGCCUCGUUAAAAUGAUGGAAAGGAUGCGGAAAGUUAACGAUGUUGUUUUGAUCGAUUCCAAUUCGACAAGCCCCGGGACGAUACAUGGGUUAACGGAUAUUGGUAAUACAACAUACUGGAACAGGAGUAGUGCCACAACUGAUUUGGCAACAACGCCAAGUUGGAUUAGCGAGGAUAUUACAAAUGAUAUCGCAAACACGCAAGAUGAUACAAUUGAUUUUAACAUUAAACCGAUAUUGACCAGUGCAAGUGAUAUUGUAAAUAGAACCCUUUCAAAUAUUUUUGAGUAUGGGGCAACUGAAAUGACACCCUCAGAAGUGAGCGCGUCUUUAGUAACUUGUUGUAAUCUGAUCCCCAAUGCUUCGGAAAUCGAUUGCGUAUGUGCAAACUCUACUGAAGGAUUCCCUCGGCCUGAAAUUCAUUUCAAAACUCCAUUACUCGGAGUGUUUUUAGGAUUCUUCGCCAUAGUCACCAUAGUUGGAAAUAUCUUAGUUGUCAUAGCCGUUGCCAGGGAACGGUAUUUACGUACGGUGACAAAUUAUUUUAUAGUUUCCCUUGCUACGGCAGACCUGGCCAUGGGAAGUGUAGUGAUGCCGUUUGGUAUUAUCCUUGAACAAAUGAACGAUGUAUGGAUUUUUGGGCGUGACUGGUGUGAUAUUUGGCACUCAUUUGAUGUUUUAGGAAGCACUGCUUCAAUUUUGAAUCUCUGUGUCAUUUCUCUGGAUCGAUAUUGGGCUAUCACUGAUCCGAUAGCGUACCCCAGAAAGAUGUCCAUUGGGCGAGCUUGUGUAACAAUAGCGGUAGUGUGGGUAUGCUCGUGUGGAAUCUCAUUUCCGGCUAUACUAUGGUGGAGGCACGUUGAGCCAACAAACUCGUCUCCAUACAAGUGUACGUUCACCGGAGACAGUGCUUACCUUAUAUUUUCAUCCCUCGUCUCGUUUUAUAUCCCUCUCUUUGUCAUGUGCUUCGUCUAUUGGCGAAUCUAUCGCGUUGCCACUAUUCAGCUUCGCGGAUUACAGUCAGGGCAGAAGCAAAUGCACAUGUCGACAGAGGGCGUUGAUGGUGAAGUUAUUGCGUUGCGAAUGCAUAGAGGGGGUAGGAAGACAAUACUAAGUCAAAAUGGCAACGGUUACGGCCAUUCCGGACAUGGAUGUAGUCCGAGUAGUAUUAGUACACAUGGGAUGAAUGGUCAUAGUAUUUACGAACGAGCUAACAGUGAUAGCGACACCGAGAGUCCGGCUCAUCUUAUUCAAAGAAGUGAAGAAGAUUUAAGAAGUUCUGGACAUGCAGUGAACAACAAGAUAUCAAGAAAGUUUAAAACAUUUGCCAUUAGUAAAAAAGUCACGAAACUAGCACGAGAGAGAAAAGCUGCCAAAACUUUGGGAAUAGUAAUGGGCAUAUUUAUAAUUUGUUGGUUGCCAUUCUUUAUAUUUAAUGCCAUGUUCGCACUUUGUAAAUUAGACUGUGUAAAACAUCCUGAGAUAAUAUUUCCUAUAGUGACUUGGUUGGGUUAUAUAAACUCCGGAAUGAAUCCUAUUAUCUACGCAUGCUCAAUGAGGGACUUCCGUCGAGCUUUCCUGAAAAUACUUUUUGCAUGUUGCCCCAAAUAUCGAAACAUUUAUAGAAGGCGUAGACAACAAUUAAGUGCUGAGUAUAGCCGAACAGAGUAUAGUUUCACAAAUAAUUGUAACCUUAAUGGCUCAGGGGAGCGAUGUGAUAUCCAUCUGUAGCAUUUGCUAAUCAUCAAAGAUCCCAAUCGAAUAAAAAUAACAUUUAUAUCAAUGUGCUGUGUAACUUUACAUGACAGUAAUUUCCCUAGUGAUACAUUCAUAGAAACUAUAAUCCACUAGAUGACAAUCGUUUACGCUUAUGGUCAAACACACAAAGCGGCAUUGGUUGUAACUAAGUCAGUAGUAAGGUGAAAGUGUUUGUAUAAAAUGAUUGAGAUAAUUAA